CGGCAGCCUUCAGUGGUUGGGUCUGCCAUGGCACUGGCCCAGGAGCUGUACAGCUUCCCAGCUUCCAAGUUGGACUCCUUUGUGGCUCAGCAGCUGCAGCCAACCAGAGAAUGGAAAGACGAGGUGCUGGAGACUGUGAGGACUGUGGAAGAGUUCCUGAGACGGGAGACCUUCCAUGGAGAGCGUGGGCUGGCCCGGGAUGUGCAUGUGUUGAAAGUGGUCAAGGUGGGCUCCUUCGGGAACGGCACAGUGCUUAGGAGUACCACGGAUGUGGAGCUGGUGGUGUUCCUGAGCUGCUUCCACAGCUUCCAGGAAGAGGCUAAGCACCACCAGGCCGCACUGAGUCUGAUCCAGAAAAGGAUGUUCUAUUGCCAAGACCUGCUGGACCUUGGGUUCUGUAACCUGGGAGUGACCGAAGGAGUCCCCAGGGGUCUCAUCUUCACUAUCCGGACAAGGGAGACCUGGGAGCCCAUUUCUGUCACCAUUGUGCCUGCCUACAGAGCCCUGGGGCCUUCGUGUCCCAACUCUCCGCUACCCCCUGAGGUCUAUGUGAAUCUGAUCAAGGCUAAUGGGUACCCUGGAAGUUUCUCUCCAUCCUUCAGCGAGCUGCAGAGAAACUUCGUGAAGCAUCGGCCAACUAAACUGAAGAGCUUCCUGCGGUUGGUCAAGCACUGGUACCAGCAGUAUGUAAGAGACAAGUGCCCCCGGGCCAACCUGCCCCCUCUCUAUGCCCUGGAACUACUGACUGUCUAUGCAUGGGAAGCAGGCACCCAGGAGGAUGCUAACUUCAGACUGGAUGAAGGGCUUGCCACUGUGAUGGAGUUGCUGCAGGAUUACGAGCUCAUCUGCAUCUACUGGACCAAGUACUACAGCCUGCAGAACCCAGUCAUCGCGGACUUCGUCAGAAAACAGCUCAAGAGAGAAAGACCCAUCAUCCUGGACCCGGCAGACCCCACCCACAACGUGGCGGAAGGGUACAGAUGGGACAUAGUUUCUCAGCGGGCCAACCAGUGUCUGAAACAGGACUGUUGCUAUGACAACAGGGACUCCCCAAUCCCCAGCUGGAAUGUGAAGAGAGCACCAGAUAUCCAGGUGACCGUGGAGCAGUGGGGUCACUCCGAUUUAAUCUUCUGGGUGAACCCUUAUGAACCCAUAAAGAAGCUUAAAGACAAAAUCCGACGGAGCCGGGGCUACUCGGGCCUGCAGCGCCUGUCCUUUCAGGAACCCGGUGGCCCCCGGCAGCUCCUCAGAAGCCACUGCUCAUUCGCCUACUACGGAAUCUUCUCCCACAUCCACAUCUGCCUUCUGGACACCAUCUCCCCCGAGAUCCAGGUCUUUGUGAAAAACCCGGAUGGUAGGAGCCACGCCUACGCCAUCCACCCUCUCGAAUUUGUCCUGAGCCUGAAACAGCAGAUUGAAGAUCGGCAGGGCCUUCAAACUCAGGAGCAGCAGCUGGAGUUCCAGGGCCAUGUCUUGCAGGACUGGUUUGACUUUAAAUCCUAUGACAUCCAAGACAGCGUCACCCUCAACCUGUCCAAGAAGAGGGAGGGGAAAGCUCCAUUCGCACCCAGCUAGUUUCCUCUGUAAAGGUCUCUGGAUUUUUGCUCACUCUGAGACUCAGCCUAGUCACCCCUCCUUCCAGUCCUCCGCUGGGGUGGUCCAGGGGGGAACCAAAAAGGAUGUGAAGUCGUAUGGAAUCAGACAAUAGCCAGACACUCUGUGUGACAAUGGAAUUCUGAAGCCACCGCUGCAGGCCUCAUGGCCACACACUAUCAGGGCUUGGUCAGUAACUGGUAGUUUACUCUUAACUUGUUCAGAGGAAGCCAAAAGGCUUCUCAACCAAUUACACGGAUCCAGCUUCAGGUUGCCUCAUCUCCAACCUCCAUCAGGGCAUACCUGAAGCCUUCCCUGCCCCCACCCCCCUUGUGCCGGCCUCUGACUAUCAAAAGCAAGGUAGGGCACCAAAUCCCUUUCAAAUUGAGAAUAAACAGCCUCUAUUUCUUCCCA